AUCACAUGAUCAGUCUGUGGUCUAUCUGGCCUGACAUGAAACCAGAGAUUUAGAUAGCGGUUUAAGACUUAAGAGUAUAGUAAAGAGCUAUAGUAGUGCAAGCGAGAAGUGACAAGUCGUCCAAAUGAUGUUUGAGAUUCUGUCUGUGGUGGUCCUAGCUCUAGCCAGUGUUAAUGCUGAAUUUAAGGCUGAUUGUACAAAUCCCUGCUAUUGCAUGGCCAAUGGCCUAAGCUGGGAGGGCAAGUUAAAAUAUCCUUUUAUAUUUUCGUCGGAAGACAACGACGGCAAGAAGUAUACGUACACGUUCUCUCCAUGUGGUGCCAAAAUAGACUGUGGGAAUACAAACAAGUCUGUUGUGCUUUGCCAAAUGGACCCAACUGAUACUACUGAGAGUGCAUACGUUGUGAUUGGAGCUUCCGGUAGUGGUAAUGUUGCCUGGAAAUUUGCGAAUGAAUCCGACACAAGCCACUACACAGUGACGUACGGAGGUGGAGAUAAUACGUUUGAUACCCCACCGAAACCAAGGAAAGGGGUUAUAUCAGUGACACUGACAACACAAUUUGGUCCGUCCUUUGUAUUCUCUGGAGAGAAUUCCAUGCCUGAAGAACUUGACUAUGAAUUCAAUGCUAACAUCCCACCUGGUGAUACUGCUCCUGCCAGCAUACCUCUUGGACCUGUUGGGAUUGUCUUAAUAUGUUUGGUGUUAGGAGCAGUGAUAGCGUACUUCAUUAUUGGUUCAAUCGUCAUGUUCCAAGUCAAGGGUGCACGUGGAAUUGAGGUGGUUCCCAACUACACCUUCUGGAAAGAUCUCCCCUUUCUUAUCAAGGAUGGGUUUUUGUUCACGUUUCAACCGUGUACGGGUGGAUGCAUUAAAAAGAACACAUACAGUUCACUUAGUUAGCAAGUGGGGUGCAACCAUUAUAAUACUGCUGUUCUUGUUAGAGGCGUGUAUAUAGUAGCAUACAUGAUUGUUACGUAGCUGGAGUAGUUUUAUUCUCAUGACAUUUUUACAUUUGUUAGUACCAGUUCAUUUACCUUAAGGAAGUAUUUACUUGCUAAUAUACGUUGUGAAAAGUUUUGUUAGUACCAGUUUACUUUUAUUUAUUGUCUCUAUAAUACCCUAUUAAACACAUUUUGGUGUAACACAA